UUGAUUUAGGGCAAAACAACUGUACACAGUGGGUUUAUUAUUGCACAAGUUUGAUAAUAACAUCGUUGGCAUGGACUGGCGGAGAAUACUGAAAAGUUUGACGUUUGUAGAAAUGUGAGGUUUCACGCAUGGGUGCUCAAAGCAUGUUAUCUGGAGGAUAAGCUGCAAAUGCUGAAGUUGUGUCGGGUAUUACUGCGAGCUCCUCAUGUGUCACUUAGCUGGAGGAAGACUUGAGAGUAUAUCAUUCGAUCGCUGAUGGCAAUAUUUAAGGCCAGGAGGCGAUCAGAACUCGAUGAGAAUCCACUCGUAUGUUGUUCAACCGAGAACUCGUGGAAUAUAUUACCAUGAUGUCUUCUACAUGGGAGCCAAAUGCGACAACGCCUUCAGAACCGAUUCAGGAAGAACAUAUUUGUAAGCUAGUACUGUACUACGAAAUCGCAAACUCAAGAGUACGAAUUUGGGAUGUCAUCAUCUUGAUGCCAAAUUUUAUUUUCCUUGUGUUCCUGACAUUCCGUUUCAAUAGAGCUCGUCUGAAACUUCGGGCAACAAGCAGUCCAAUUUUUCUUGCGUUUUAUGGACUGGUUUUGGUAAAUGUGGUCAUCAGUUUAAUUCGUUGUGUGGUUUCCAUGACAGUAAAUGCCUCCGUCUCUGUUGGUGAUUACACAGAUAAAGUUCUGUGGAUAAUUGUGAGAUUCUUCCUGUUAGCAAUGGAACUGAGUGUUGUUAUUUUUGGCCUUGCAUUUGGUCAUCUGGACAGCCGUAGCAGCAUACGCCAUGUGUUGCUAGCGACAUCCUUCAUAUCAUUAGGAUUCACAAUUACCCAAGGAGUGCUAGAGAUUGUUUCACCAGAUGAGAGCUUCCACAUCCUGUCUAAAGAUUAUAAUUUAUUUGGACAUGGAGGAAUGCUUUUCUGGUUUACCAGUUCGGUUGUAUUUACAUUGGUUUAUCUUGUCAUCUUAAUCUUACCAUGGACAAGACUAAGAGAACGUCUUGCCUUGCCAACUAAACGUUCCUUCUACCUCUACAUUUUCUUCCUCGUUGUACUGAAUUUGACACAAUCAAUUGGAAGUGGGCUUCUGAAUUAUGGUAUUGUUGAUGGUCUCUGUGUGGUUGAUGUCACGACAUGCAUCUACUUCACCCUGUUAACACCACUUGUAUAUCACACAUUUCUGAGUGAGUUUUUCAGCAUCUCUCAGCCAAGUAUAAUGUUCUCAUACAAAGCGCAAGUUGAUGACAACAUGGAAGAUGAUACAGUUUCGCUUCCUCAUCAGCAAUCUUUCUCAUCGUUGAAGACUGACUCAGAUUAUAUAUACCAGGUUAUUCUUCAUCAGACUGAUGAUAAUGUGUGCCGAACUGAAAUUUUGCAUCCAAGCUCAGGAAUUGUUUGCUCGUUUACCAAACACUACAUUCCUACUGCAACAGCUGGUGAUCUCACUGUUUCUAAGGAGGCAGCUGUCAGUGAUUGAACUACUAAUUAAUGUGUGAUGUGAUGUGAAAACUCUUUACUAUAAUGAUUGAAAUGGAUUUUGCUCCUGAGGUUUAAACACCAUCUACUGUUGUACAGUGUACUGAAGUUCAGUAGCUACUGUGUUUUGCAGUUUGACUCAUAUUGUUUAAAGUUUUUUGUACUGUCAUUUAUAAAUAAUUUCUAGAUCUAGAAAUUGAAUACAUAAUUGACAGUUAGUCAGAUGUGAUAGCCUAGUCAGAAAAAACUAAAGUGUAGUUGAAAAGGGUAUUUCAUUUAUUAUGCUAAACUUAUAGGAGAGCUAUCACUUGCAUGUAAAUGCAGGAGAAUAUUUUCUCUUAGUUGUUAUUUAUUUUAAAACAUGUAUUGAAUUUCCAUUUUAACACACCACUACUGUGAUUUAUAAAUGUGUUAUAAAAAAGGCUGAUCAGCAGUAGUGGAACUAUUGCUCAGACAGACUCAUUAUAAACAGAAGAUUGUGAACUGCCAACCAAAUUAUAGCAUAUGUGCACGAGAUGAAAAAGGAACAAAGGCGUUUUGUAAAAGAGGCAAUGUAAAAUAACAAAUGAAACCCAAAUAUCCAAUUAGAAGCCAAAAGGUAUGUGGAAUGAAACCCAGAUUGGAACAAAUGUAACCUGUGUGCACUGUUUUUUGGUAGUUAAUUGCUUCUUGACUUAAUGCUCAAAUAUGUGUCACCCUUCCUGUUUGUAUUCUCACCCAAUCUGCCUAUACUUCUUUCCUAUUGGUCAGCUCCUGAAAGAGGUGUUUCAAAAUUCUUGAUAGUUUCGUUGAGCUAUAUAAAAGUUCCACUAUUACUGAUUUUUUCCUUUAGGUGUCACCUAACUUUACAUUUGUAGUGUUCAGUUUUGAUACUAUGCUUUAGAUUGUGUGGUGUUUAGGAUGAAAGAUUUCUUUAGGCCAUUCUCUCUAAAUGAAAAAAUUACUUUAGUGCUACACUGAAGACUUGAUUCCUUCUAGAUUCUUUUGUGUUUUUUGAACUUCUCAAGUAGCAUUGUAUUCUGCAUUAAUUUUGUUUCACAAGUUUAUUUGGCUGUGGAUUCUCACAAUUAAGAACGUAUGUUUACAUAUCAGAAAGGAACAUGUAACUUUAGCAGUCUGUUGUUUUUAAAACUGUGCAUCAAAGUAGAUACAUAAUUUUUUGAAACAUUAACUGUAGUAGUACUGCGUUGAAUGGUAGAAACCAGACCCCAUGUAUUUGGUUUACUUGUUUGCUUAGUUUUCCAUGUAUCUCGGUGAGGGUACCCCAUAUGUGUUCUUGAGUCCAGUGAUUUUCAAAGUUGGUUUCUGUUACAGUAUACAGCUUCUUACUACUUGAAGUAAUUUCGUGAAGUUUGCUUAUAAUGAUAGUGUUAGAACCAAUGGUAGAAAUUAUUUGUUUUCUUUGUCCUUGAUCAAUAACCUAAGAAAACACAAGACGUGUGAAUCUCCAGGGAUGAGAGAAAUUUGAAUCUUUUGUUUUAAAUAUUUCUUAAAUACAGCACCUAAAGAAAAGUAUGCCUCUUCCUGUAUCCACGUACCAUCUGCUACUUACAUUAGUGUGUCCUAGUGACCGUCUCUCCUUUUCCUAUGUAGUGUUUAUUUACAAUGUUCCCAUUUUGUUUUUUGUUUGUGAUAUUAAUGUGCAAUCAAUGAGAUUAGAUAAAUGUAUAUGUUUUUGCAUUGUUACUCCAUUUUAAAUAGGAAAUUUGUAAGAAAAUUUUAUAUUUUCAUGUUAUGUGUUUGUGAAAAUAAUUUUUCAAUAUAUUUAUUUGUACUUGUGUAGUAUGCAUGUAACUAAUUACAACCAAAGUAAUCAGCCAGUCACUUUUAAGAAAAAAGGGAUUGUUAAGAUGACAUUUUAGACGCUGUGCAUCAGUACUUGAUAAAGUGCAGUUUGAGCCUGUCAUUUGAAAAAUCAUAUCUGUGGCUCAUGAAAUAAAAUUUAUAAAUAUCAUUGUACUUAAUUGUACUGAAGUUUGAUAUGAACUGUUUUGUUACAAAUGAACUCAUUUUAGUUUCCUAUUAAAUAUUAA